AUGAUUGCUAAGGAUCCAGAUCUACCAUAUACUGUUUUCCAAUCAGGUUUGAAUAGAAUCAGCAAUGCCUUCCGGCUGUGCAAGCCGCUCAAGUCUCAGGACCAGGUGCUGCAUCUACUGCUGUGGAUUCGCAACUCGCUUUCCACGUUGACUACUGUAAACUACCCCUACCCUGCUUCGUUCGAAGGGGAUCUGCCGGCAUGGCCGGUCAAUGUAUCGUGUGAACUGAUCACUAACGCUACUGACGCACUGCAUGGGCUUGCAAAUGGAGCAAUUCUUUUCUACAAUGGCACGCACGGAUCGCUGAAGUGCGCCGAUAUAUACGGGGAGUUCAUGGAAUGCUCGGACGCUACGGGGUGCGGUUCUGAAGGGUGGGACUAUCAGGUUUGUACUGAGGUAACCCGCCCGGCCGGCACCAACGGCGUAACAGACAUGUUCCCCGUCUUGCCUUUCACUGAGCAAAUGCGAGAGGAGUAUUGCCUGAAGAAAUGGAACGUGGUCCCCAAACCGACCUGGCUUAGUGUUCAGAUGUUCGGAAACGACUUAAGUAAUACAAGCUCCAACAUUUUCUUCUCCAAUGGAGCAAUUGACCCAUGGCGAGGUGGUGGGGUGUUAAGGAACCCCAACCCCGACCGCUACAAAACGCUUCUUAUACCCGGUGCUGCUCACCACCUUGAUCUCAGGGGUAAAAACAAGGACGACUCUGAGGCUGUGAAGAAAGCGCGAGAGCAGGAAGUGGCAGCCAUCUCGCAGUGGAUUCAUUAAUCGACAAACAGAAAUAUUGAUGCUCGUUAUAGGCCUAACUGCAAAACAGAGGUCUUUUUUAAAUUUACUAAACGUAAAAAUAGUCGUUGGGCAAUUUAAACUUCCGUUCAGCCGUAAAUACGCCUUGAAGAGGUAAAAUUAAUGUUACAAUAAAAUUUUCAGACCUUGGUAACUCCUUAGGGUUUCAAAUAUUCACGAAUGACUUUCGUGCAUCGGAAACCAGAAAUCUGUGUGUUUAUUUCCCUAAAUACUGGUGUCGAUUGAAACAUGUCCUGAAGCAAAUGAACUCGGGAAUAAAAUUGCCAUUAAAAAAUGUGCUUCAAGCUUUGCGUCUCAUAGAUAACGAAAACAAAAUGUUUUGCAGAUUCCGCUUAAGCUUGUUGGGCCGGGAAUCAAAACUUAUCUUUAUAUAAGUUUAUGACUUCUUUCCGAAAAUCGUGCGCCAGAGGCAAGGUUUCUAACAGAAAGC